AUGGGGUGAUCUGUGACCAUGCUGAAUGAGAGGAGAGGCUAACUGCGUGUUUCCAAUACAUUUUUAUUUUCCAUAAACCGAUCCUUAAGGACAUCAGCUAACUGCUCUCCGCUGUAAAUGGGACUUGCGUCUGUAUUAAUGAUUAGUAAUAUUCAAACGGAAAAGUAACAAGCAGAUUUACAGACAGAUGAAAUUGUAAUAUUACGCAUGCGUUAAACGCGGGCACCUGAUUUUUCUCAAGGAAGCUGGCUGGAUUUUGUUCAUUUACCGCAGUGUAUGGCAUAGCAGCGCAGUAAGUGAUCUUGAUCCUGACCGGCUGUUUAAGAGGGUGCUUCAUUAGUACAAGGAAAAUUAAAUUGUAACUGAGCCAACAUACCAGUCAUGAGGAGUUAUAAUCACUUAAUUGAACCACUGGACCCUGCAUAUCCAGAAAAGAAGUUUUUCAAUCUUUGCAAGUUAGGAGAUGCCAGAUAUGACCACUUGCCAUUUUCAGUUAGAGUUCUUUUGGAAUCUGCUAUCAGAAACUGCGAUGAAUUUUUGGUGAAGAAACAGGAUGUGGAGAACAUUUUGAACUGGAAAGUUACUCAGCAUGAAAAUGUUGAAGUCCCUUUCAAGCCUGCCCGAGUUAUUCUACAAGACUUUACAGGCGUACCAGCAGUAGUUGACUUUGCUGCCAUGCGUGAUGCUGUGAAAAGACUAGGAGGGGAUCCCAAAAAAAUCAAUCCCAUUUGCCCUGCUGACCUAGUCAUUGACCACUCCAUACAGGUUGAUUACAACAGGAGCCCAGACAGUCUAAAGAAAAAUCAGGAAAUGGAAUUUGUAAGAAACCAGGAACGAUUUGAAUUUUUGAAGUGGGGUUCCAAAGCUUUCUGCAACAUGAAGAUUAUUCCGCCAGGCUCCGGGAUCAUUCAUCAGGUUAACUUAGAGUACUUGGCCAGAGUGGUAUUUGAUCAAGAUGGAUGCUAUUAUCCAGACAGCCUUGUAGGCACAGACUCUCACACUACAAUGAUAGAUGGCCUAGGAGUGCUUGGCUGGGGUGUUGGUGGAAUUGAAGCUGAGGCAGUCAUGUUGGGUCAACCAAUUAGCAUGGUUUUACCAGAAGUUAUUGGCUACAAACUGGUUGGAAAUCCAGAUGAUUUAGUAACUUCCACAGAUAUUGUACUUACUAUUACUAAGCACCUUCGCCAGGUUGGUGUUGUGGGAAAGUUUGUGGAGUUCUUUGGUCCUGGUUUAGUACAGCUAUCCAUUGCUGAUCGAGCAACCAUUGCUAACAUGUGUCCUGAAUAUGGAGCAACUGCUGCUUUUUUCCCAGUAGAUAAUGUGAGCCUUCAGUACCUGCAGCAGACAGGCCGGGAGCAAGAAAAGCUAAACUUUAUCGAGAAGUAUUUGAAAGCUAUUAAAAUGUUUAGAGAUUUCAGUGAUGCAUCACAGGAUCCAGAAUUUUCCCAGGUUGUGGAGCUAGAUCUCAGUACUGUAGUUCCAUGCUGCAGUGGACCGAAGAGGCCACAGGACAAAGUAUCUGUAUGUGACAUGAAGAAGGAUUUUGAGUGCUGUUUGUGUGCAAAGACAAGCUUUAAAGGAUUUCAGAUUUCUCCAGAAAAGCAGAAUGACAGACUAAAGUUUACUUAUGAGGGGAACGAGUUUGAGAUUUCCCAUGGUUCGGUUGUAAUUGCAGCUAUCACCAGCUGUACUAAUACCAGUAAUCCAUCAGUCAUGCUGGGAGCAGGAUAUCUCAGCCAGAGGGCUGUGCAAGCAUCUGUUUCUGUAAGGCCCUUUUGUAGAGUAUCCACAUCAUUUGGGGAUUCAGUAAUGGCUCCCAGUUUGCAAAUUUCAGGAAUAAACUCAUAUUUGGCUUUUUCCAGCUUUGACGUGGUUGGCUAUGGAUGCAUGACAUGUAUUGGGAACAGUGGACCUCUGCCAGAUUCUGUAGUGGAAGCAAUCACCAAGGGGGAUCUUGUAGCAGCUGGAGUGUUAUCUGGAAACAGGAAUUUUGAAGGUCGUGUACAUCCCAACACUCGGGCCAACUAUUUGGUUUCUCCACAGCUGGUUAUAGCCUAUGCUAUAGCCGGCACUGUGAGAAUAGACUUUGAAAAGGAACCGUUGGGUGUGAAUUCAGAUGGGAAGCAAAUAUUCCUGAGAGAUAUUUGGCCAACAAGGGACGAACUCCAGGCUGUUGAGCGCCAGUAUGUUAUUCCGGCCAUGUUCAAAGAAGUCUAUGCAAAAAUUGAGAAAGGCAAUGAGAACUGGAAUUCCUUAAAUGCACCUAACGAUGAGCUGUAUCCUUGGGAUCAGAAAUCAACAUACAUAAAAUCACCACCUUUCUUUGAUAAUCUGACACUGGAUCUUCUUCCUCCCAAGUCAAUCGUUGAUGCAUAUGUACUGCUAAAUUUGGGAGACUCUGUCACAACUGAUCAUAUCUCACCUGCUGGAAAUAUUGCUAGGAAUAGCCCUGCAGCACGUUAUUUAACUGGUCGAGGCUUAACUCCUCGAGAAUACAACUCUUAUGGAUCUCGCCGAGGCAAUGAUGCAGUCAUGGCAAGAGGGACAUUUGCAAAUAUCCGUCUGGUCAACAAGUUCUUGAACAAACAAGCACCACAGACUAUUCAUUUCCCCUCUGGUGAAACACUUGAUGUUUUUGAUGCUGCUGAAAGAUACAUUCAAAAGGGUCAUCCUACAAUUGUUCUUGCUGGUAAAGAAUAUGGAUGUGGAAGUUCGAGAGACUGGGCAGCUAAGGGUCCUUUCUUGCUGGGCAUUAAAGCUAUCUUGGCAGAGAGCUAUGAGCGUAUUCAUCGCAGCAACCUCGUAGGAAUGGGAGUGAUUCCUCUUGAAUAUUUGCCUGGGGAGAGUGCCAGUACAUUGGGACUUACUGGAAAGGAGCGCUAUACUAUAAUCAUUCCAGAGAUCCUGAAACCAAGAAUGACUGUUGAAGUUGAGCUCAACACAGGGAAGUCAUUUGAAGCUGUCAUGCGAUUUGACACAGAUGUGGAGUUGACCUAUUUCCGCAAUGGUGGUAUAUUGAACUACAUGAUCCGUAAAAUGGCAAGCUAAGAACACAUUACCAUUUUCUGUGGCACUUUAGUCAACCCCAUUGUGAUGGCACUUCUAUAUAGUCCAUCUAGUUGUUUCAGCAACAGUUGUGCUCAGACUUAAGUAUUUGAAAUACUGAGACCCCACGCCUCAGACAGCACAAUUUCCAAAUGUGUCCCUUCUAGUCAAGCUUGGUUAUUGUUUUUUUGGAAAAUGGACUUCAAGCCCAUAUUACAGUAAUAAAUGCACUGUUAUUUGACUCUAAAUUUCUGAUUCAGUGCAUUCAGAAGUGGCGUGCAGUUUUAUGUAUUUGUUUCACACAGCAAGUGCCUCAAGAAAUGUAGAUAUGGUGGGUUAGGGAAUUUUAAGUCCCUUUAAACUACAUGGUGUGCCUGAUUCUUAUAUUGUUUAAAUUUACACAAUGAGCCUUCUUAAAAUCUGCACUCAAGAUCCAUUGCUACUGUCUGAUAAUCAUGUCACUAAUGAUGGCCUAGGCUCAUUAUUCAGGAAUACUGAGAGUAAGGAUCAUGUCCAAAGAUUUUUGCUACCAUUUCUUUUUGCUGUAAUUAUGCUGUCAUUAUAAAGUAAUUAGUUUUCAGUAGUGGUAUGCUUAUUAUGUUUGUAUUUAUGGUAAGCUAAGCAGCUGUCCAGUUGCUUCCUGAUUCCAUGUCAUGUUACCUAGAAUGCCAGUAAUGUAAUUAUUAGUGUAAACAGUUUGUGUUUGUAGUGGGUAGUUAGUUGUUCCUGAGUUCAGUAGCAGAUUUCAUCAUGCAGUUACAACACAGUCGGUCAGAUAAAUCAAUAAAUAAAUGCAGCUAUAUUCAACUAAAAGCAAAUUACAACAUAAUAGCAUUCCUUGUAAAUUGUAUAAUUGGCAUACAGUAUAGUAACACAGGUGUAACACUAAUAGUUGUCUACUAUGCAGUAGUCAUUUUUAGGAAGAAAACUAGGGUUAUGAAUCAUCUCUAUGGUAGCUCUGUGGUAAAGGUGCUUGUGUAACACAUUGGAGUGUUAGUGCUGGAAAGAAACUUUUGGAAUAUUGUAUAUAUCUUUGAAGAUGUGAUGAAGUAGCAGUGAAGGUGCAAAGAUAGCAGUGAUGCUGACAAAGAAAUCCUUAUAUGGAUUCCAGACUUGCAUGCAGUAUCCCCCCCCCCCCCAGAAAAUGCUGUAGCAUUCCACCUGUUUUUGUCAUUGCACUGUCUUGUAUGUGUAGGCAUCUUUGGCAUAAAAGUGGAUGAAGAAAACUGUAAAUAAAUAUUUUGUUCUUUGGAGAGUCCUUGUAUAAGUAUCCCAAAUGCAUAAAACAUGAUCUGUGAAUACGUUUUGGCACAAGGACAGAUGUAUGGAAUUAGAAAAAUAUGAAGUCUAGAGGAACUUUGUUUCUCUGAUAUCAGUGCUAAUAAUGUUCUGAUAAAAGCAACUGUAGCAUCCAAUGCACAUCAGUCUUCAGGAUUACUUUCAGUAUCUGCAAGUAUGUAGAAGGUUUUAGGACUGCUAAGUUGAAUUUGGAUAUAGGUAUGAAGGGCAUCACUGCAUAAUGGAGGUAGGUGCACACAGAAGCAUUCCCAAGCCUCAUAUAAUGUGUGUUUGUUAGAGCCAGAGUUGUAUUAUUUAUUCUUAAUCUUGACCAUUUUUGUGCGUGCAUGUGUGUACACGUGCAUGAUGACACAAGUUCUGUUGUGUUUAUGUCAUUGAAAGUAUGACUAUGCUGCAUUUCAGUUGAAAUCUGCUAUUGACUUAAAAAUGGGUCUAUAUUAUAACAACGAACAAUGAAAUGAUCGAACUCUAAAAGUUUGAAUUCACAAAACAUCAAACAACCAGAACAGCGAUUUUUUUUUUUUUCCCCCCAGGGAAAAAAAUCACUGCUCCCAAAAAAAAAAAAAGACAUUUAAAACAUUGCAUAAAGUGGAGGGCUUCACCCCCAUACCCCCCUACUUAAAUAUACCAACUCCGAGAUCGCACUACAGUGCCGAAAAUGGCAAAGUGACUGAAGCGGCCAAACGACUUCUUUCCCCAGGGAAAGAAUUUGCUUAUAUGCCACUUCGUCAUUUUGCCUUUUCGACAUUUCAAGUUUGUCCAAGACGCAUUCGACAAAAUGCGUCUUUGGUCAUCUGAUAGGAACCCAAAACAACUACCCACUACAAACUGUUUAUGCUAACAGUUACAUCAUUAGAAUUCUAGCUCACAUGACAUAGAAUCUGGAAGUAACUGGUGAGUUGUUCAGCCUACAGUAAAUAAAAACACAAAUUUACUAUGAUUAAUAAGUAUAGUUCCACUUAACUGAAAUGAAAAACUACUUGCUUUAUAAUAAAAAAAACACUUAACCUUACAGUAAUUGUAAUGAGAGUUUAAUUACAGCAAAAAGAAAUUUGAAAUAAAUCUUUGCUCGUUAUCUAUAAAUGAUCAUGUCAUCAGAUCGUAUGUGAUUUAUUUUACAGAACAGUGCUGCAGAUCAUAACUCUUAUUACUAAAUGUCAAACUCUUGUCACGAACUGCAACGAUAGCCAUUCUUACUUGUCACUCUUGAAUUGGUUACUUUGUGAUUAACCUGUGUGAUUAGCCUUAAAGUAACACGACUUGUGUACCUCCAGAAAUUUCCAUCAUCAAAUUAAAUUUAUUUUCAAAAACA